AAAGAAAGCAAACAAUCAGAUCUGUUCUGCACCGUACACAGGAAGAUCCGCGAGGACUCGGACAUGGCGCAGGACUCUCUGCAGUGCCUGGCCCAGCUGGCCUCCAUGCACGGGCCCGUGUUCCCCGAUGAGGGCGCGCAGGUGUCCUACCUGGCCCACCUGGUGGAGGGUCUGCUCAGCAUGAUCAACGGGAUUGAGAUCGAGGACUCGGAGGCGAUGGGCAUCUCAAACAUCAUCUCCAAUCUGAUCACCAUGUUUCCUCGAACAUGUCUGACGGCGCUGCCCAGCGACCUCUUCACCUCCUUCAUCAACUGCCUCACGCUGCUCACCUGCUCGUUCGGACGCAGCGCCGCCCUAGAGGAGGUGCUGGAUAAAGACGACAUGGUUUACAUGGAGGCGUACGACAAGCUGCUCGAGUCGUGGUUGACGCUCGUUCAGGACGAGGAGCAUUUUCCUCGCGGCUGCUUCGUCCAGCCGGCGAUCCAAGUCUUCAACUCGUACAUCCAGUGUCACCUAGCUGCUCCUGACGGCACCCGCAACCUGUCAGUGAACGGCAUAUCGUCUCACGAGGAGGAGGAGAUCAACGAGCUGCAGGAAGACGACAGAGAGCUGUUCUGCGAUCAGCUGUCCAGCAUCGGCAUGUUGGGACGAGUGGCCGCCGACCACUGCAUCCCCCUGCUCACAAACCUGCUGGAGGACCGGGUGACGCGGCUGCACGGCCAGCUGCAGAGCACGCAGCAGCACCUCAUGGCCACCUCCGACCCCGAGUCCAUGGACCGCAAAGUCCUGGACGACCUCUACGAGGACAUCCACUGGCUCAUACUGGUCUCAGGUUAUGUAUUAGCAGACGACUGUCAGGGGGAGACCCCUCUGAUCCCCUCGGAGGUGAUGGAGUUCUCCAUCAAGCACUCGACAGAAGUGGACAUCAACACGACGCUGCAGAUCCUCGGCUCCCCGGGCGAGAAGGCUUCCUCCAUCCCGGGCUGCAACCGCACCGACUCCGUCAUCAGGUUGCUGUCUGCUGUGUUGCGGACGUCGGAGGUCGAGUCCAGAGCGACGAGAGCGAGUCUGACGGGUCUGCUGAGCCCGCAGAUGGGGAAGGACAUCAUGUGGUUCCUCAGACGCUGGGCCAAGACCUACCUGCUGGUGGACGAGAAGCUGUACGAGCAGAUCAGCAUCCCCCUGAUCACAGCGUUCGGUGCGGACACAGAGGGAGCCCAGUGGAUUGUGGGAUAUCUCCUGGAGAAGGUGAUAAACAACCUGUCGGUGUGGAGCUCGGAGCCCGGGCUGGCCAACGACACCGUGGAGCUGCUGGUGACGCUGGUGGAGAAGAGGGAGAGGGCUAACAUCGUGGUUCAGUGUGAGGGUUGGUGGAGCUUGGCGAAGCAGUUUGCGAGCCGCAGCCCCCCCCUCCACCUGCUGUCCAGCCCCGUGCAGCGGACCCUGAUGAAGGCUCUGGUCCUCGGGGGCUUCGCUCACAUGGACUCUGACGCCAAGCAGCAAUACUGGGCUGAGGUGCUCCACCCUCUGCAGCAGCGCUUCCUGAACCUCAUCAACCAGGAGAACUUCGCUCAGAUCAGCCAGCAGGAAGCCGUCAAACAGGAGAUCAUCGCCACGUUGGAGGCGCUGUGCGGCAUCGCCGAGGCAACGCAGAUCGACAACGUGGUGCAGCUCUUCUCCUUCCUCAUGGACUUCCUGUCCAGCUGCAUCGGACUCAUGGAGGUGUACAGCAACACGCCGGAGACGAUAAACCUCAUCAUUGAGGUGUUUGUGGAAGUGGCUCACAAGCAGAUCUGUUACCUGGGAGAGUUUGUUGUGUCAGGGCCUUUAAAUGUACUCAAAAUAUAUUGGUGUGUUUCUCCCCCUCAGGCGGAGUACUCAGAGCUGGUGGAGGCCCUCCUGUCGUCGCAGAGAGACGCUGUCAUCUACCAGCGCCUGGCCGACGCCUUCAACAAGCUGACGGCCAGCAGCAGCCCCCCCACCAUGGACCGCAAACAGAAGGUGGCGUUCCUGAAGAGCCUGGAGGAGUUCGUGUCCAACGUGGGGGGGCUGCUCUGCGUCAAAUAACCACUGGAAACCUCCGCCUGGGACCCUGUCUGUUGUUCUUUUGUAUUUUAAAGAAACCAAUCAAUAGAUGAAUGAUUUAAAUUCAUUUUUUAAACAAAUCAAUAAAAGAUCCCCCCCUGCUCCGCCUCUAAGAACUCUGGGUAGCCGAGGCAGCUGGAGGGAUCCAUCACACUGAAUGUUUACCCGCUUCUCAACUCCUCGGAUUUCUCUUUUUUUGUAUUUUUCCUCCCGCCCCUCGAGCAUGAUUGACAGACUUAGUGAUGAUGAUGAUGAAGAUAUGCUGACAUGGAGACUAAAGUGCAAAGCAGACGGACUCUUUAGAGGAUUCCUGGAGAAAUGUUCACCUUAGUGACAAAAAGAGGAGAUGGAGCACCACACACACACCACACACACAGAGACACAGACACACACGAGUGACAUUGAGGGUAGAAAAAGUUUCAGUUUUUGAUAAAUGAAGGAGAUGUUUAUUUUCAGAGUGAGGUUUUUUUAGUUGAAAGUAUUAAAAAGGGGCCAUUUUGUUUCAAGAAUGCCAUGGCAUACACACAUUUCAUUUUAACAGUAACACACACACACCGCCCCAAUCCUUCCCAGAGUGCCUUUGUUUUGAUUGUUCUGUGUGUGCAGAUUUUGGUUUGUCACACACCAACUGACAAAAGAACUGUACCUGCCAUUCGCCGAGAAUAAAGGGGAUGCACACACACACACACACACACACACACACAAAAAAACACACACACUCAGAAACACGCACAUACACACACGUGUGAUGAGGGUAUGGCCGGUCUGUGGAGUUGUUGAAAGACGCGGCACAGGAGGACAGAAAACCAAAAUCAGAUUCACUAAAAGGUGUAAAUAUAUAUAAUGUUUUCAAAUCUACGAGAAAUGUUUUUUCAAAGACAAAAAAAAACAUGACGGAAAUGUUUUUAUAUGCCAGUUAAUUGGCAGGAAGAGAUGUACGAGUUCAGCGUUGUAUAAAGUUCAUAUGAGGAGGGAGCGACUCUGUUUUGACCGCUUUUUUUUUGCAGUUUGAUAUGUUUUCUCUACUUUGGGUCGUAGUAUUAUAUUGCAGCGUCCUCCCUCUGGGACUCAAAGGCUCGGGUCUCUUUCAAGUUUAGCAGAUUUAACUUCAGUAGUAUUUUUCUACAGCAGCACACACCAACGUUUCACUCUUCAACACACUGGAUGGAAGGCAGUUUGAGCUGAAGGACAGCAAUAACAAACCAAAUAAAAAGGAGCAGAGCCACCUCCGCGUUCAGAGCCCAGACUGGUUAUUGUUAGAAGACUGUUUUGUUAAAGAAGUGUAAAAGUGUACAUAAACUUAUUGUAUAAAA